UGCCGCCAUUGUAAUAUAAUAAAUAUUUAAAUUGUGUUUGAGGUUGAACAAUCUCACUUUUCAAACGCACGACGACGUUUAAUUUUGAUUGUCAAACCACCGUAUCACGUGAUCACUUUUAACUGGAACUAUUUUCAGAGUCGGCCAUACUCAAUUCACAGACCUUCGUGUAAAAUUUGGAGCAUUUCCUACAUUGUUAUUCGGGUUAUUUUUCAACGAUUAAUCCUCUUCAAGCAGCACACAUAUAAAAUGGCAUUGAAAAGAAUAAAGAAGGAAUUGCAAGACCUUGGCCGCGACCCACCAGCACAGUGUUCAGCAGGUCCUGUAGGAGAUGACUUAUUUCAUUGGCAAGCAACUAUAAUGGGUCCACCUGACAGUGCAUAUCAGUCUGGUGUGUUUUUCUUAACUAUUCACUUUCCAACAGAUUACCCAUUUAAACCACCCAAGGUGUCUUUCACAACUCGGAUUUACCAUCCCAAUAUAAACAGUAAUGGUAGUAUUUGUUUGGAUAUUUUAAGAUCACAGUGGUCACCCGCAUUAACAAUAUCGAAAGUAUUACUAUCAAUUUGCUCUUUACUGUGUGAUCCGAACCCAGAUGAUCCGUUGGUACCAGAAAUAGCUCGUAUAUACAAAACAGAUCGCGCAAAAUACAAUAAUCUUGCAAAAGAAUGGACGCAGAAAUAUGCAAUGUGACAUGAUUCCAUGGGAAACCACCUGGGUUUUUUCAUUCUGCAACCAAUCAUGGACCUGUCCUCAAACUGUGCGACUUUCUUUUCCCCUCAUGGUCUCCUGGUGUAUUCAGAGACUGAAAUGUAUGGACAACACAUCUUGUUAUAGGCUGCCACAAGAAAAUGUUCUACUGCAAACCACUUUAUCUCAACACUGUGCUGAGAACAGAUAUGCUGACAUUUUGCACCGGACUGUUUGAAAUAGUGCUGUAUUACAGAAGAAACAUAAUAGUAUAAUUAAUUGGACAAUCUUAGAAUAUUAUUUAAAGAAAGAAAUUAUUUUUUUCUUAUUUAAUACAGCUUUACACCAGGAUACUGUAUAUACAUUCAUGUUGAGAAAUCAAGCCCUAAUAAGAAGUGAAUAAGGAAUUUUCUUGUUGCUGAAUUAAUUGGACAAUCUUUAGAUAUUAUUUAAUGAAAGAAAUUGUUUUUUCUUAAUACAGCAAUACACCAGGAUACUGUUAUUUGGCAUUGAUUGUAUAUACAUUCAUGUUGAGAAACCAAGCCCUAAUGUGAGAUGUAUAAUACAUUUUCCAAUUGCAGAAUUGUUGGGGGGAAUGGCUGGACAUUGUGUUGUUGUUGUUGGUUGGUCAUUGAAUAAUCUUUGACCCUUUUUGUACAAAAAAGUAUAAAUAUAGCAUAAUAGAUUAAUUACUGAAAUUCAUUUUUGAUUAACUUUCAUUCAAUGACCAACCUACUUUUAGCUAUUUCCCUAGGGCCCUAGGCAUGCACAUUUUUGUAUGGUACAUAGUUUUCUCUGUGCUAAUAUUCUUUUAUAUUCUUGCACCCCUUUCCUGUAAAAAGUAAUUAACAUUUUGUUCUGUAUAAUUCCUUUGAAAAUGAAUAGAUUUUUGUUUUGUCUGUAUUUGUAGCUUGUUUCUGAGUUUCCCCCCAUUCUGCCAAGCGAAUACAAGGUGCUUAUUACAUAUAUCAGUAAUUGAGUGGUUAAAACUGCUUUGAUUAUUGCUUCUUUGGGUUUUCAAAGGGUCUCGUUUUACUGCUCACAAAUAAGUUUUUUUGGCUCCCCUGGUUAAUAUCACCAUAGUAUGCCAAAUAGGAGAUGACAAUAGAACUCAAUUGUCUAUUCUAUGGAGUAGGCCCCUCCCCAUACUUUUGAGUUGUUGUAAUUUAGUAUGUGUAUGUAUGGCUAUUCAAUAAACAAGAUUUAUGCCCUUGCUAUUUAGAUCUUUCACCUGACUGGAAUUAUCCAACUAAAAA